UAAUACGCGGUCCAAAUUGCUCCCCCAAUAAAUCCUCUUCCUCCAAUUAGGGUUUCAUCGUUCAUUUCAUUCCCCUCCCACAGCCCCCCACCUCCCGUCUCUGUCUGUGCUAUAUGAACUGCAAUUGCGAAAACAAGCCUUGAAAUUCAAAUGGGCUGUUGCUAAGAUUUCCAUUCAAGCUCUUCGCAGUCGAGAAAUUCGAUAAAUUUGUGAACUUUGCCGUUUUCCACACCUGGGUUUGCGUUUUUUGGCCUCGUAUAAUCAAGAAAAUGCCUGCAACGGAGCAUCAGGGCUCUUACAUUGGCCGGUCGAUCCUGAGCCUGAGGCGCGACCAGGCCGUCCAUUCCGUGGAAUCGAGCCACGAAGCGACGAGCGCCGAGCUGGAGCUCGAGGCCUUCCAGAAGCAGGUCACCGAUCGGUUUCUUGAUCUGUCGUCGGCCGGCCCGGACGAGUUGCUCUCGCUCCCGUGGAUUCGGAAGCUCCUCGACGCGUUCCUCUGUUGCCAGGAGGAGUUCAGGGUGAUUUUGUUCAAUCACAAGUCCCAAUUGUCGAAAACACCCAUGGAUAGGUCGAUUGCGGAUUUUCAUGAGAGGAGCAUUAAAGCCCUGGAUGUCUGUAAUGCGAUCCGGGACGGGAUUGAGCAGAUUAGGCAGUGGCAGAAGCUCCUGGAGAUUGUCCUGUGCGCGCUGGACAACCAGAAGAGCUUGAGUGAGGGCCAAUUCCGUCGCGCCAAGAAGGCCCUGAUUGAUUUGGCCAUUGGGAUGCUCGAUGAGAAGGAUUCUGGUGGCUCAGGGGUGGCUGCGCACAGGAACCGGUCCUUCAGCCGCAACAAUUUGACCCGUGACCACCGCUCGUUGGGCCAUUUCAGGUCACUCUCCUGGAGCAUCUCGAGGUCAUGGUCCGCUGCGAAGCAGCUUCAAUCAAUCGGAAAUAACUUGUAUGCCCCGAGGGGGAAUGAGGUUGUGGCGACCAAUGGCCUUGCUGUGCCGGUUUUCACAAUGAACUCAGUGCUUCUUUUCGUGACAUGGGCCCUUGUGGCGGCCAUCCCAUGCCAGGACCGUGGAAUGCAAGUGCAUUUUUCCAUCCCCAGGCAGUUCGCCUGGGCCGCGCCAGUCCUCUCACUCCACGAGAGGAUUGUGGAGGAGUCGAAGAAGAGGGAGAGGAGGAAUGCAUGUGGAUUGUUGCGGGAGAUCCAUCAAAUCGAGAGGUGUGCAAGGACAAUGAGCGAAUUGGUGGAAUCGGCUCAAUUCCCGCUGUCCACCGAGAAGGAAGAGGAGGUGAGGCAGAGAGUGGAGGACAUGGCGGAUGUGUUUGGGGCCGUGAAGGAUGGGUUGGAUCCAUUGGAGAAGCAAGUGAGGGAGGUCUUCCAUCGGAUUGUGCGGAGCCGCACCGAGGGACUCGAUUUCAUCGGGAGGGCGAACCAUUCUGAGUAGAGGAAUCUCGACGAUCGGCGCCGGAAGAAGAGUACUCUUGUAAAGAAUUAUAUAUGAAUGUAGCAUAGGGGAGGAACCUCACUGGGUUCUGUGCUUCUAUUACUGUCUUGUUCAUGAUCUGAUAAUGUUUUGGAGCAUAGUAUAUUGCUUGUCUUACCUAUGUUUUGGGUAAA